AUGACGUUCCCAUACAAGCAUUUCUUGGUUAUUGGCGCCACGGCGGGUAUCGGCAAGGCUCUUGCCUCCCGCCUGGUGGAAUCUGGAGCCAAGGUGACCGUGGUGGGUCGGCGCCAGGACCGUCUGGAUGAAUUCGUGCAAGCACAUGGCGAGCAACAGACCAAAGGCGUGCCAUUCGACAUUGGCGACCUCGACAAAAUUCCCGAAUUUGCUGCGGGUGUGAUGAGCGAAUCCCCCGAUAUUGAUGCGGUCUUUCUCAAUGCUGGCGUGCAGAGAUCAUACGAUCUGGCGGAGCGGGAGAAGUUCAAUCUGCCGGAAUUCCAUGAAGAGGUGAAGGUGAACUUCUCCAGCGUUGUCGCCCUAACCCAUGCCUUCUUGCCAUAUUUGCAGAAGAACCCUAAUCCGACCAGUUUCAUUUUUACUGGCGCGAAUCUCGCCAUCGUGCCUGCCGCUACCCUUCCGGCUUACUCGGCGUCCAAGGCCGCGCUCAAUGUAUUUGCUCUCAGUCUUCGUGAACAACUCCGCCACUCCAACACCAAAGUGAUCGAGAUUUCCCCACCGGCGGUGCAGACGGAAUUGCACGAUUACAUGGGCGAAGAAGCAGGUCGCAAGCUGGGCAUGCCGCUGGACACGUUCACCCAGCAGGCGUAUCAGGGACUGGCGGACGGGAAAGACCAAAUUAUCAUCGGCAGCAUUGGGCCCGCGGACACAUUCAAUGGAAUUGUGGACAGCCGCCGCACGGCUUUUGAGAAUCUGGCCAAGAUGAUGCGUGGUGGCAAGCCCUAG